GGUAGGCACGGCCCGAGUAUCGCGUAUAUACCGUUCCUUCUCAUGGGCAUUCCAAGCGGGAAUUCUCGAAAGCCAGUCGUGUUGUAGAAACCGCGGCGCGGCUUGCCCGCUCGCCGGUACUUUCGACUGGUCGUAAAGUCGACGUUUCGCAGUUACGCGCCGCUUUCAGUAAUACGGAAUUUCGCCCCAAAAGCGGACGCGAGGCGACCGUCGUCGCCGAGGUAUUGGCAACCCAUCCGGAAAUCCCGACGGACCAUCCAUAAAAUUCUGAUCUGCUGCAGCCGCAACCAGUCGCACAAUGGAUGUUGAAACCGGGGCCAUUCUGGCCCUGCAAAUAUUGGCUCUAUGCUCGAUUGUUGCGGCUCUAUUGGCCUAUCUGAUGCGACAAUCCAGGAAUGCCACCGAUGAGUACGAGUCACGUAACAAACGUCACGUACUUGUUACCAGCUGUGAUACAUGUGUAGGCCUGCAAAUCGCCCUUGCACUCUACGAAGCCGGUUACAAGGUUUUCGCGGGUCUGCUGGAUCCAACAGGCAACUCACCCUCGGUCAAAAUCCUGAAGGCGAUCGAAUCGGAACGGCAGAAAGAGAGCGAACCCGGAGGUGCGGGUGACAAUAAUCCACAGCAACUGGAAACUGCACGUGCCCGCGGCCAAAUCGUGCCAUUGGAGUUGGAUCCAACGAGAGAGGACAGUUUGCGCGCUUGUUUGGACGCUGUCAGGGCAAAACUUCCAGCUGGCGAAGAUGGUCUCUGGGCGGUCGUGCACACGGGUGGCUUGGUUUUGCCAGGUGUCAUAGAGAAACAGACCAGCUCGAUGUGGGAGUCCAUGUUGCGUCAUAAUCUGGUCGCUCCGCUCAGAACAGCCAGAGUAUUCAUCCCUCUUUUGCGUAUUAAGAGAGGCCGCAUCGUUCUCUUGGGCGACUCCGAGACGAGCUACAGCAGCAGGACGGGCUCCGGAUUAGUGGCCUUCAGUGCAUCUCGUCGGGCCGUGGAAGGUGCCGCCGAAGCGUUAAAAAGCGAAUUACAUUCCUCGGGCGUCGACGUUGUGCUUUUGAAACCGCCGCUCGUGAAUCCCGUCAUUCUUUAUGCACCGCCCGUUCUCAAGACAGUUUCAGACGUGGAGUCUGGUGUAACAGCCUCGGAGGGGACGUGGACCGCUCCGCUAUCGAUUCACUCCAUACAGAACGUCCUGAUCCCUGCAAUUACUUCCUCGUGCCCUCUGAGCGUUUACGAUAUGUCCGUCAAGCCAAGGCUCUUCUGUCGAUAAUCUCAUUUAUAUUGCGUAAAAAGAAAAAGGAAUUGAGAGAGUGUAUUAAAGUGAAGGAUUUCUUAAACCGAUUGUAUGUAAUAUGAUGUACAAUCGAGCGUGAAAAAUACGGGAGAUGCACGUUUGCGGUGUCAUUUGCACUGACAUGCCAUUCCGUAUACCCUAAGGCAUCAUAAGCGGGAUUUUUCCCUCACUUUCUGCGUAUGAAGAUUGUCAUUCUUUCACGUGCUCGUCCCACAAGCAGUAUCAGUUUCGAAUUCUCGUUUGUUUUUCAUCCAUUUUGUAUCACGUUUUUCUGUAUCGAAUUGAAGAAACGUUCAAUAAAACAGCCAGGAAUCUUUGACCAAUAGAAUAAGUUUGUAUUGCAGAUAACUGUCUCUUAAUAUUGUGCGUUUCUCGUUUCAAAGUCGUUCCAAUACGCUUAAUAAGAAUAAAAUUAUCUCAGAAAUAACUAUUACGUUCUCGUAUAUUUUCAAGUUGUAAAUUGAAACUGGUGAGUUUAUCUUCGAUCGUGGUGUUUAAAUAUUUGGUUGUGUGUUACGAUUUCUCGAAGUGUAUAUGUAUUCAAGAGGUUGAAACGGAAAAUGUGUUUUACGUGAGAAAUUCUAACAGGCGUCUAUAUAAAGUUAGAAAUGUUUUCACUCGUGCAUGUAUAAAUACAUGAAUCUAUAAUAUAAUAUAUGUGUAGAGAACUUUCAUCUCAAAAAUAGAAUACCUGAAGAAUUCUCCUAAGUUUAAAAAUACGAGAAAGGAGUCAGGAAUAUAAUUUGUAUAAGUUGCAUAAUUUGUGUGAAGAAUAAGUAUGAAGCAGAA